AUGUCGUCUCUUCUGAGGGAGGAGAUGCAGAGAGUUUUAUUCCGACCUGCAAAACAAAGACUGGUGGAGUUUAUAGAGAUUGAAGAACCGUCUCAUGGAAGGCAUUUUCUCUGUGUAUCAGUUGGAAAAAACAAAGUGGUGCAGUUAAGUAUCGUGCACUGUCAAAUAUCUAAAACGCCGCUGAAGCCUGGAUCCAAAAGGUCUCACACCAAACGCUCCAGCAUCCAGGACUGUUACCGAAGGACGGAGAUCUGGUCCCUGUACGACCUGACUCUUGUUGAUGGACGAGACCCCGAUGUGGAUGACCCAUGUUUCCUGCUGCAUUUCGACAAGGUGCGCACAAUAACAGCCACCAGCUGCUCAGCCAAAUACUCUUUUGUGCGUGCCCUGGUUGCUCUCAGCGACCAGCACUGCCAGCGGUCACUGAACCUGCGGAACUUUGACUGGACGUACAUCAAGCCCACCUCCUUCUACUCCAACAGAGGGGACUGCGUUGUUCUAUCACAGAUAUGCUUCUAUGCUUUCAAUCUGGUGUGUCUGUCUAUGUGUCCAGUGCCACUGGAUGCAUAA